CAUGGUAGAAUCAACCUCAUCUGUAUUGAAUAGGUGCAUGCCUCUAUUCUGAAUGGAUGCCUCACUUUGAGAAUAAGGUCUAACAAGAGAAAUUUGUAGAGAGGAACAAUAUGCUGACAAAUAUAAAUGCUUUGGCAGUCAGAAAAUAUAUUUGAUUGGUAUUUUAUUGAAGUCUUAGCAGGUUUCUAUUUUAGUUUAUCUCUAUUAUUUAUCAAAUCAAAAUGCAGUAUCAUGGUUAACACAUGUCACCUAAUUACACGAUGGAUCCUAAUUUAUUCGUCUCAAUAUGUACAUCACAUCAACAAAUAGCAUUCCAUUGUACAUAGAUAAUCAUUCUGAAGUGAGAUAUAGAAGUUGUCCUUUUCAGAUAAGGAAUUCCCUCCCCCUUCUUCUCUUUAAUUUGUUAAACCAGUAAUGAGAAAUCAUUAAGUUCAAAUGAAUGUUUUAAUCUGAUCCUGCACAGGUAGUUGUGGAGAAAAAGUUAAUGCGUGAAAGACACUUAACCAGGCAUGAUAUUGGUCGUGAAGAUUUUGUAAAUGAGGUCUGGAAGUGGAAGCAUGAAUAUGGUGGUACUAUUUUGGUACAACUACGGAGGUUAGGAGCCUCUCUGGAUUGGUCCCGUGAGGCUUUUACAAUGGAUGAGAAAAGGUCAAGGGCUGUGACAGAGGCUUUUGUUCGGUUGUAUAGGGAAGGCCUGAUAUAUAGGGAUGUUCGUCUAGUAAAUUGGGACUCUGUGUUGCUAACUGCUAUCUCUGAUAUUGAGGUGGAUUAUAUUGACAUCAAAGAAAAGACCCUAUUAAAGGUCCCUGGUUACGAGAAACCAGUGGAAUUUGGAGUUUUGACAUCCUUUGCUUACCCUCUUGAGGGAGAGAAUGGUGAGAUUGUUGUUGCCACUACUAGAGUGGAAACAAUGCUUGGUGAUACAGCCAUCGCUAUUCAUCCCAAUGACAAGAGAUACAGUCAUCUGCAUGGAAAAUUUGCAAUUCAUCCAUUCAAUGGAAGAAAACUUCCUAUAAUUUGUGAUGCAAUACUUGUUGAUCCAAACUUUGGAACUGGUGCUGUGAAGAUCACCCCAGCCCAUGAUCCAAAUGAUUUUGAAGUAGGCAAACGCCAUGAUUUGAAAUUUAUUAACAUUUUCACUGAUGAUGGGAAAAUAAAUAGUGCUGGUGGAGUUGACUUUGAAGGAAUGCCACGAUUUAAGGCCCGUGAGGCUGUGACUGAAGCACUGCAGAAGAAGGAAUUAUACAGGGGUGCUAAGAACAAUGAGAUGCGUCUUGGCAUUUGUUCAAGAAGCAAUGAUGUUAUCGAGCCAAUGAUAAAGCCUCAGUGGUAUGUCAACUGCAGUAACUUGGCAAAGCAAGCUCUUGAUGCAGCUAUGGAUGAUAAAAAUAGGAAGCUAGAAUUCAUUCCAAAGCAAUACACUGCUGAAUGGAAAAGAUGGCUUGAGAAUAUACGUGAUUGGUGCAUCUCAAGGCAGCUGUGGUGGGGUCACCAAGUUCCUGCAUGGUAUGUUAAACUAGAAGAUGAUGAGCGGAAGGAACUUGGUUCCUAUGAAGACCGCUGGAUAGUGGCAAGGGAUGAGAAAGAAGCUUUAGCAGAGGCUAACCAAAAAUUUUCUGGCAAGAAAUUUGAGAUUUAUCAAGAUCCGGAUGUACUAGACACCUGGUUUUCUUCUGGUGUCUUUCCAUUAUCUGUCCUGGGAUGGCCAGAUGAUACCAAUGAUUUAAAGGCUUUUUAUCCAACAUCAGUCCUUGAAACUGGACAUGAUAUUCUCUUUUUCUGGGUCGCCAGAAUGGUUAUGUUAGGAAUUAAACUGGGAGGUGAUGUACCAUUUACAAAGGUAUAUUUGCACCCUAUGAUACGUGAUGCCCAUGGCCGUAAGAUGUCAAAGUCUCUUGGAAAUGUAAUUGAUCCUCUUGAAGUAAUAAAUGGGAUAUCCCUUGAAGCUGAGCUGAAUACCUCAGAGCUCAAUCUUAAGUCAAUUCAUCUUGAGCCCAAGUGUAGCUUGAGCUUUGUUGAGCUCUGAGGAGUGGAGCUGGAGUGGCUCUGGAGCUCUAGUAUAAUAAAAUUUUUAUUUUUUU